GGAACUGCCGGGCUGAAGGAAAGCGCUGUCUACCCUGGUCCACCCAUGCCACGCACGUUCGCACUUGAGCAAAACCCAGUUCGCCUGACGCGCUGUUCUAUUGCAGUCGCAACUCAGACGGGUGAUUACGUACAUUGCGACCGAAAUCAACGACUUGCACAGGAAAUGACCGCGGCGCGGUGCAUGAUCAUGUUCUUGCUCCUUGCGUUGGCGGCACUUGAGACUGUUGCGGCGCAAGGCUCAGCCAAUCCGACGACCAAUAGCACCACAUGCUCGGUUGGAUACUAUCGCCGCUCGGCGACGGACGCGACUUGUAUGCCUUGCGCGCGCAACACCUACCGCAGCGCCGCGAAUGCCUCGUCGGCAUGCCUGCCAUGCCCUAGGGGCUGGACCUCCGACAUUGCCUCGGGCUCUUGCACCAUCUGCCCAGCGGGCUACUUAGUUCCCACUACAGGACUGUUUGCGGGCUCCUGCGUCCCCUGCGCCAAGAACACAUUCAGCAGUGUGCCUGGUUUUAGCGGCGCCGCGUGUCAGCCGUGCCCCGCACUCCAGUUCGCCUCCCACGGCAGCACCAGCUGUGCCGCCUGCCCGCCCGGCCGUUUCAUUCCCACAUCUGAGGAUGAUGCGCCUUCGCCUGAUUAUGUGGGAGACUGUGUGGACUGCGGUGUCAACACCUACAGCGACACGCCCGGCUCCCGGUCUUGCAAGGACUGCCCAGCCGGCACCACUGCCAUGCCUGGAUCUUCUUCCUGUUCGGUGUGUCCCGUCGGAUACGUGGUCUUUGAAGGAAACAGCUGGGACCCGGCAACAUGUGAGCCCUGCCCUGCGGGCUACUACGGCGACACCACGGGCGCGUCCUCCUGCAGCAAGUGCCCCUUCGGCAGCACCAGCAGGCCCGGAGCCAGCUCCUGCUUCCUGUGCCCCGCGGGCUCCUACGUGGACAACGGGGUGUCCCGCAACGACAACCAAUAUGGCAUGUGCAACCUGUGCCCGCGCGGCACCUUCAACCCCACACCGGGCUUCUCUGGGACCACGUGCCGGCCCUGCCCACCAGGCUCCAGCUCAGAGGAGGGCGCCACGGAGUGUGAGCUCUGCCCCGUGGGGACGACGUACGUCGAUGAUGGCGGCUAUUGUAACAGGUGCCCCCGCAACACCUUUGCUGCCACGCCCGGCACGAUCGGGGAGUGCGCGGAGUGUCCCGCCGGCAGCACUGCAGAUGAGGGCGCCUCGCAGUGUGAGGUGUGCCCCGCUGGCAGCGCCGUCAGCUCCUACGGCUAUUGCGAGACGUGCCCUAGGUUAACCUACAGCCCGACACCCGGCCGCGUGGGCGCCUGCUCCCCCUGCCCCACGGGUCACGUGAGCAUCAAUGGAAGCACUGCCUGCGAGAUGGUACCGCCUGGCUCCUACCUGCAAGCGUACGACGGUACUGCACGGCUGUGCCCUAUCGGCACCUAUUCUGACACGUACGGGACUCUGGGCAGCUGCAAGGACUGCCCAACGGGCACCACUACAAAGGCGGAGGGCGCACGCAACGCCACGUACUGCAAGCUGUGCCCGGCCGGCAAGUACAUCAACGACGACGCCCGCUGUGUGGACUGCCCCGCUGACACGUACAGCGACGCCCCCGGUUCCACAUCCUGCAAGUCCUGCCCGCCACGCUACGCCGCGCCCGAGGGCUCCAGCCACCCCGGCCACUGCCGCCUGUGCCCGCCCGGCCGCUUCUUCGCUGCCGGCCCUGACGGUCAACCCGAGGGCCGCUGCCUGCCCUGCCCCCGCAACACCUUCAGCAACGCGUCUGGGCUUGUGGCUGACACGUGCUCACCGUGCCCGUCGGGGACCACAAGCGAGGAGGGAGCAGACCAGUGUACGCCCUGCCCUGCUGGCAGUUACGUACGACAGGGCGUGCAGCUGCCCGGCGGUGAUCCGUACACCGCAGAGGAGGCCACGUGCGUGCCCGCAGAGAAGGGCUUUUACACCGACACGGAGCGCUCUGUAGAGCAGCUGCCAUGCCCUGUGGGCAGCACGACAACUGACACGGGCAGCACGGAAUGUACGGCCUGCUCUGGCGACGCUAGUGGCAGCAUCCAGGAGGGCGUGUCACUUUGCUUGGCCUGCGACCCCAUCUCCGCCGCGGGCGCUGGCACCUGCACUGCAGGCAGCGGCCGCAUUUCCGGCUGCUCAGCAGAGGACGCAUGCGAGGUUUGCCCCGCCGGCACGAUUGCCGCCUUCGCGCCCGACAUGGGUCGUGACGCCUGUGUCCCCUGCCCCCGCGGCUCCAUCUCCGCGACAUCGGGCUCCACCGCUUGCACGCUGUGCCCCGCUGGCAACUCCACGGACCGCCUGGGCUCUUCCGCCUGCACUCCCUGCAAGCCGGGGUACUUCUCCGCGGAUCCCGGAGGCAUCUGCGCGCCCUGCCCUCCCGGCACGUUCGCGACUGGCCCCGGCGCCACCACCUGCAGCCCAUGCGCCAACGCCACCACCCACUUCCUCCUAGCCCGCAGCGCCCAGUCCGACUGCCGCAUCGCGCAUGUGCCUGGCGGCCCUGGUCUGCCGCUGACAGAGACCAUUACUGACUUCGUGUCGGUCACAGAGAUUAGUCAGGCUACAAACGUUGUGUCUGUCCGCAAGACCACGCAAUGGACGCCAGCACGGACAGUGACUGUCGUGCCCGGUGGUGCAGCCGUGCCGGCGCCUCCUGGGUUCACCCGCAUUCGGACAGAGCGGACGGUUGGGGUUGAGGCAGAGCCUGCCCAGGAGUCAGAGGUGCAGCCACCCCAGCCCACCUUCGCGCGUACCUACCGACUGUUCAAGCUGUCAGGAGGCACCAGUGGCAGUGCGGGCGGCAGCACCACCUACGUGUUGCUGGUCACAUACACGGAUGGCGGCUUCAAAGUGUGCCAAGCGGCGCGGGCAGAUGGCGCAAACGGCAAGCUGACCAUGAGCUGCGAGCGGCUUCUGAGCAGGACUGCUUCACCCAACGGCAGCUCGGCUAAGACUGAGACGUUGAAGAUUGUCGAGGCGUGAUGGUGCUCCUUCGUACACGGGACUGAGAUUGUAGGCGUGUGGAGUAACUGGUGUUUUGCAGCAGGCAUGCCGCACGGUGCCGUACGCGCCAGGUGGGUACAGCAGGGUGCGCGCACUACUGCACCCUGCUUUCCUUGAUGGAUGGCAACAAGUAUAUAUACAUAGGAUGCUUGCCUGCUGCUCAUCAGAGUAACAACGUUAUACAUUUAUAUUUAUAUGGGGUUGGCCAGCAGCGGUGCUUUGUGCAGCAUUCCUCGUACAUAUACAUUGCCAUGACACGUUUCACAUACAUGUGCCGAAACCUCGGGGUUCUAUCGUAGUACUGCCUGUAUUGAAGCUACUCGAAGGCGCUCUCACAAGAUAACUCUGCUGUGCUUAAGUGUUUUGUAAUAGUCUUUGCGAGCACAGGGGAAGGAAGCACGUUUGAUGCCCUUGUGUAUGUGUUGAUUGUGCUCCUUUGUAACUGCAUGUUGCACCAAUGCGUGAGAGAGGAGUAUAUCUUGUUCAAGGGGUGUGAGCGUGGGGUGUGAGUGAACAGUUCUGUGUGGGGUGAGGGGGGUUUGAACUAGAGUGCAUGGAAGACUUGAUACCGUACACACAGUGCUCGUAUCUUCCAUUCACACUGUAGAAAUUUGUCCCACACCGCCGAAGGCGGAGAAAGUUUUUGGGAUUUGGGGCCGUGCUUCUACGGAGUGAAGACGUUUUGGCACGGAUUUGGGGGUAUCUUAAGACGUUUGGGGGGCUUGGGGGCUUGCCCCCUAAGGAAACGUUUUGGGGCGUAGAUGUAGUAGAUGCUGCGGGAGGGGUUAUCUACGCUCUUUGACGCCGCGGGCCUGAGGGCAUCUACAAGAUACGGGCACUGCGUACACAUGGUGCAUGUGCGUCAAUGGCGAGCAGCAUAAAUUUGAGCGGUCUAGAAAGCAGAGGGAGCUUCGAAGCCUCAAAGGCCGGUGUCAAUCGUCCCGCAUGGUGCCAUCCACGUUCGUUCCCCUUUGCCCGGCAGCUCGUACUUAGCCAAAGCCAAGCUGGGCUGGGGAGCAAGUCAAGUACAGUCGUUUGGGAGUGCAAAUGAUGUUCAUUGCUGCGUUGCUACCGGUGCUCAAUGUGACGCCCUGGCGCGUGCUGUUAGACCCUGGAGGUGCCGUGCCGCGCCAUGUUGGUCGCCCGCCGCCGGGCCAUAGCGCGACAGUCAGUUCCAGGUUUUGCAUCUUCGGGGAGCGGCAAGAACCGGGCACCAAUGCAGGCCCUCAGGCGAGAAAGAUU